UACGUCCCUUCUAGCUCUUUCUCCUCUCUGACUCUGAAAUUGCAGGCUCCCUCUGGUCUCAGCUAACAUGCCCGCUGCUGCAUUUCUGUCGGUGCUAUUCUUCGCCGCCUUCCAUGUCGCCUUCUCCAUCACCGACGGAUUAUUGGCAAAUGGGAAUUUUGAGCUGGGCCCAAAGCCAUCGGACAUGAAAGGCACGGUGGUGAUUGGCGGCAGGAACGCCAUACCGGAGUGGGAGAUCUCAGGAUACGUAGAAUACAUAAGAUCAGGUCAAAAACAAGGGGACAUGUUGCUGGUUGUACCAGAAGGAGCUUAUGCUGUUAGGUUGGGCAACGAAGCCUCCAUAAAGCAAAGAAUAAAGGUGGUGAAAGGAAUGUACUAUUCCAUCACAUUUGUGGCAGCUCGCACAUGCGCACAAGACGAACGAUUAAACGUGUCGGUGUCUCCAGAUUCUGGAGUUUUACCAAUGCAAACGCUUUAUAGCAGCAAUGCUUUUGACGCCUAUGCCUGGGCUUUUCAAGCUGAGUACUCUGAGGUAGACUUGGUCAUUCAUAACCCUGGUGUUGAAGAAGACCCUGCUUGCGGACCACUCAUUGAUUCUGUCGCUCUCAAAUCUCUCUAUCCACCGAAACCCACCAAUAAGAACAUACUGAAGAACGGUGAUUUUGAAGAAGGGCCAUAUGUGUUCCCGAACUCAACAUCGGGCGUGUUGAUCCCACCAAACAUCGAAGACGACCACUCCCCACUGCCGGGGUGGAUGGUGGAGUCAUUGAAGGCGGUGAAGUACAUAGAUUUAGAGCAUUUCUCAGUCCCACAAGGGAGGAGAGCGGUGGAGCUUGUGGCGGGGAAAGAGAGUGCGAUAGCGCAAGUGGUGAGGACCAUACCAGGGAAGACGUACGUUCUGUCAUUUGCGGUGGGAGACGCCAAUAAUGCCUGUGAAGGGUCGAUGAUUGUGGAAGCAUACGCAGGCAAAGACACUGUUAAAGUGCCUUAUGAAUCCAAAGGCAAAGGCGGGUAUAAGCGUGCUGUUCUCAAGUUUGUGGCUGUAAGCACGAGAACACGCAUUAUGUUCCUGAGCACGUUCUACACCAUGAGAAGUGAUGACUUCUCUUCGCUGUGUGGACCUGUGGUUGAUGAUGUCAAGUUGCUCAGUCUUCGUAAACCAUAGCGAAUCAACCGGGGUGUGAAGCCAGUGUAAGCUGAUUAUGAGUUAAAAUUAUAUGCCAGUUCCCCAUAAUCUCCCAAACCCCUUCAUGUUAGGAAAAUGAUUGCAUAUUGUUAAUUUCCAAGAGAAAAAGAAGAUGUUCUGGUGUGAUUUCAAUGUUAUGGAAAAUAGAAGUGUGCAGUAUGUAUAAUGUAAUCCGUUGCUUCAUGACUGUGUAAUUGGUGUGCCCAAAUAAAUGGAAAACAAAAUAGAGAUCA